GUGACAUGUAAUGCACAGUGCAAAGCUUUUGUCUACAACCUCCAGGCUGUUGAGGAUAAACUGCUGUAGCUAAAGUGCUGUUAUUUUGAGUCAAACAUGGUGCUGGGACUCUCUUUAAGGGUUUCUUGGAUCUGUCUACUCCUUAGCAGUGGUGCCUGUUUUCCUGCAACAAAAGGAGACUACAGAUAUCCCUACACAGCUACCAGGAGUUCUGGUGGUAGUCCUGGAUCCUCAAGCUUUCAGCCUGGAGGUUCACAUCGUCCACUGGAACAGCCCACUGGAAGCUGGUUCCCAUCCAGUGUGGGAGCUCCCAGUUACGAGCCAAACCGUUUUGUGGCUUCUGGAUCUGCCAGUGCUCCUGCAGUCCCAUCCCUGCCAGCCAGGAUUGGUGGCUCUGUUCCUGGUGCUGAUUAUGGAGAUGGCCCUGCACCUUAUGGAAACCCAUCCAGUGCUGGCUUCCCUUCCUGGGGUGCACAGCCUGCAGGGGGGGUUGGUGUUGCUUUCUCUGACCCACGCAAAUGGAUGCCAAAGCGCCAGUUCCCAGACUUCAGUGCCUGGGAGUCAAAUGUUGGUGUGCCAAUGCGUGCUGGUGACAGUGAGACCUCUCCUCUGCCACCUUCAUCCUACAUCAUCCAGUCUGUGAAUGGCUAUGAUCGAGCGAGGGAGUUCCUGUCCCAUAGCAAAUACUCCCCAGAGUACCCUGAACCACCUCCCUUUUCCUUUGACCCUGUCAAAGCACCAAGCAAGCUUCCAAGGACUGUGCCCAAAGGAGGAAACAAGGUGUAAAGGGAAACCUUGGGUGACAAAAGUUCCAUGUGGAUUUGGAGGAAAAAUGUUAAUAAAACUGACCAUGAACACUCUA